AUGAUUGCAAUUUCUUUUGCACUUCUUGGAUAUCAGUUAGCAUAUGCAUGCAAUUUUGCAAUGAUUACUCCAAUUAUGUCUCGUCUUAAUUUUCCAGAACACAUAAAGCCAAUCGUAUGGUGGGCCGCACCCAUCACAGAUUUGGUCGUACAGCCUAUCGUUGCUUACUAUUCAGAUCAAUCAUUUGCCAAAAUGGGUCGUCGAAGACCAUAUCUUAUUGUUGGUGGACUUGGAACAAGUUCCGGAUUUUUGAUGAUUUAUUUCUGUGAAAAAAUGGGACAGGCCAUUUCCAAAACAAAUGCACUAUUAUGGUCCCAAAUCAUCUUCUCAGCAGCUUUCGUUAUCAUGAAUAUUGCUCUUAACAUUCUACAAGGCCCUGCAAGAUCUUUAGUUGGAGAUGUUGUUCCUGUUCACCAGCAGAUCGUUGCAAACACAAUUGCAACUAUCAUGAAUGGCUGUGGAGCUAUUAUUGUGAACCUAGUUGGUGCUUUUGACAUUGGCAAUUAUAUUCCACAUUUCAAUAAUGAACAAUUCGUGUUCAUGGUUGGAAUGUCCCUCGUUUUCAUUGCAGUCCUCAUUACUAUUAUUUUCGCCCCAGAAGUUAGAUAUUCUGGUCCAAAAACAGAAAAGGGUCUUUGGACAGAGAUUUACAAGUCAUUCAGAUAUGCACCAAAGCUAGUUACUCGCGCUGCCGUCUGCUUUGGCCUCGCAUGGUGCGGUUUCUUCGAAUUUUUAGUCGAAGUAACUGAUUUCUUCGGCAGAGAAGUUUUCCACGGUAACCCCAACUCCAGCUGCUUGGAUGAUAAAAACAACUACACAAAGGGCGUCAAUUUCGGUAUGGGCUGUAUUGCUGCCACAUACGCAAUUUCUCUUAUGUAUGGAUUCGUCCAACCAUAUCUAAUCAGCAAGUUAGGUGCUAGAACCUGCUUUGCUGCAUCUCAAUUCAUCGAAGUUGCAAGUUUAAUUAUUUUCAAUUUUAUUUCAAACAAAUACGCAUUAUUCUGUUUGUUUGCCAUGCUUGGUGUCUCAUUCAUGGCUUUCAACUCAAUUCCAUUCGCUAUUGUCGCUAUGGCAGUUCCAGAACAAGAUAUGGGCAAAUUUAUGGCUGUAGUUAACUCCUGCGGUUGCGUUGGACAACAAACAGCCAAUAUUGUCAUCGGUUCUGGCAUUAUGUCGCUUCUCAAGUCAAUUAACUUCGCCAAACCAUACAAUAUCCAAAUUGCCUCUGGAGGCUUCUUCGCUUUACUUUCUGGCAUUCUCACAGUGAGAAUGAUCGUUCCAGGUGAGAAGCCAAAGGGUCUCAACAACACUCCUUUGCUCGAAGAAAAGGAGAAUUAA